GCAAAACACAAGCGUAUAUACAACAGAACCAACUAAAAUGGCCGGUUAUAGCAGUAACGUAUCAGUGUUUCUUAGGGUUUUGCUGUUCACGAUCGCGGCCCUCCUCCUGACCUCUCCGGCGGCGGUCAUGUCAUCCAGGCAUCUUCCGGCCACCGCAGCCGGAAGCACUACUUUCGUCACCCUCCGUUCAUCUAGAGCAAUUGAUUAUGUUGGUGGUGGUGGUGAUCGUGGCGGCUUCCGAGGGGUUUUCUUUCUCAAUAAUAAGUUGAACUCCGGCGGCAGGGAGCCCAACCGCGGCGGAUUCAAUGAGCCCAACCCGUCUGCCGGCGGCUAGCCUCGUGGAAUGGCUUUGGCUAGUGGUGCCGGAGCUACAUUAACAGCAAGAGAGGAUAUAGCGCUAGCCCUCUCAAAAUAUAGUAGUUGAAAAGGCGUCGUCUGAUCAGUUUGAAAUUUUUGUGCAUUAAUUACAUCUGCUUGAUCGGGGAACUUCUCCUUCAAUUUUUUGAAGGCCUAUGGCUAGCAGGCAUGCAGUAAUUGUUAGCGGAUACAGCACCCACUCCAUCUAUCUAAUCUAAUCUAAACAUGUAUUAUAUGGGGUUUUUCCUUCAGCACCCACUCCAUCUCUUUUUUCCUGGCUCCUGGGUGGAGUACGGAAGGACUCUAUAGUAUUUUUGCUUCUUCUUCUUUAAUUCAUGAAUGAAUGAAUGCUUUGGGU